CCAGUAUGUUCUGCGUGUGACCAUAGGGCCAGAAGUUCUCUUUCUCAUCCACAGUUCUCGGCCUGCACAUGAGCGGAUCACCAGAGAGCCGCAGUCGCUGAUGUCGCCGAUACAGAAGGUCUCAUGGAGCUUAUCAAAGCGGCAGUGUUUUUGUUGUAUUUUCCUUCACAAUGCACUUUAGGAUUUCAAUAAGAUGUAUGUGUGUUUUGAGAUAGUGACUUUUCUUCUCGCGUUCAACUUCUACGAUUUGGUUCUUACUCAGGAUUCCUCCUGCUGCCACCAUGCUGAGGAGCUCUCACCAUGUUGGGAAGCAUGCGAUCAGCUCGCCACCAUAAAAAGUGAAUCCCGUUUGAAGCACCUACUACAGCGAUUACCAAGCUACUGCCCUGAGUCUAUGAAUGAGCUUUGGAUCUGCAUCAACUCCACUCUACCUGGGUCGUCCAGGAAGUCUGAUGGUUGGGUGGGCCUGGGCUGCUGUGAGCUGGCCAUCUCGGCCGAGUGCCGCAGGGACUGCAAGCAGGCAUCAUCCAAGACUGACAUCACAAGAGUAUGCAAAAAAGACACAGAGAAACCACUGCACAGCUGUAUCACCAAAAAUGAGAUGGGCUCGUUGUGCUGCAGCUAUGCAGGGAGACACACCAACUGCAGAGAUUACUGCCAGGCCAUCUUCCGGACAGACUCCUCCCCCACCGUCUCGCAAAUCAAGGCUGUCAAGGAAUACUGCCAGAGCAUCAGCCCCGAGCUCAUCGGCUGUGUGGGCAACUACACCAAGUCCUACCCAAUCAGGAGCCCAAUAGACAGCCUGUACUGCUGCGACCGGGCCGAUGAGCCCCACUGCCAGGUGGCGUGCCGGCGGAUCCUGCGCACCAUGACGACAGAGCACGAGAUAAUGGAGGGCCUGAUCGAUGAGUGUGGCAGCCAGCCACUGCCCCAGGACCCGCUGUGGCAGUGCUUCCUGGGCAGCGCCCACCCCCCCACCAAGAGCGAGAUGGAGACCUCACCUACCGCCAAGAUGGACGGUGCCAAGCUGCACUGCUGCUACAAAGCCAAUACCUCACUGUGCCGGGAUAUGUGUCAGGAGAUCAGCACCAACUGGGGAACUCAAACGUGGCAGGAGUUUGACCAGAUGUGUGAGUACAGCCCCGUGGAGAAACCCCUGGUCACCUGUCUGGCCGACGUCAGGGAACCCUGCCAACUGGGAUGCAAGGACCUGGGCUACUGCACCAACUUCAACAACAGGCCCACAGAGCUGUUCCGUAGCUGUAACGUCCAAUCAGACCAAGGCGCCAUGAAUGACAUCAAGCUGUGGUCCAAUGGGACGAUCAAGAUGCCCUUCAUGAACAUCCCCGUCCUGGACAUCAGGAAGUGUCGUCCGGAGAUGUGGAAGGCUGUGGCCUGCGCCCUGCAGAUCAAACCCUGCUACAGCAAGUCCCGCGGCAGCGUCAUCUGCAAGUCGGACUGUGUGGACAUCCUGACACAGUGUGGUGACCGCAGGCGCUUCUACGAAGGACAGACGGCCGAGCUCAUCUGUGAGAUCCUGUCCCCCAUAGACGACCCUGAACGCUGCAUCCCCCUGGAGAGAUACCUCACUCCUAGCAACCUGGGUAAUCUCAUUGAGGAGGUCAUCCACCCGUGUAACCCCAACCCCUGUCCCAGCAACCAGCUGUGUGAGGUGAACAGGAAGGGCUGCCAGCCUGGACAGGAUUGCCUGCCUUACUUCUGUGUGCCUGGCUGUAAACUGGGUGAGGCCUCAGAGUUCCUGGUCCACGUGGAUGCCCGUAUCCAGGUGCCCAUGCGUAAUGGCCAUGCGGGCUGCUUCGAGGUUUGUACCUGCGGCCAGAGUGGCAGGCUGGAUAACUGUGCCGAGAUGCCCUGCAUCGACACCUCCAAGACCUGCGUUGUGGGGGGCCAGAGAAAAAACCACGGGUCGUCAUUCAGGGUGGACUGCCACCCCUGCUCCUGCUUUGCUGGAGAAACCAUCUGCUCCACCCGCCAGUGCCUGAGUGCUGAAAGUUCAGACGAGGACCGUCGCCUAUUCACAGGGCUCCCGUGUGGCUGCCCUGACCGUUUUGUGCCGGUGUGUGCCCGUAACGGCCGCACCUACCCUAGUGCCUGUGUGGCCCGCUGCAUGGACUUCAAAGACGACCAGUUUGUGUUUGGCCACUGCCGCAGCAGUGACCCCUGCUCCCCCAGCCCCUGCCAGAGGAACCAGAGGUGUAUCGCCAACCGUAGAGUGUGCCUUACAGACAUGGCUGACUACCCCUGUCCUCAGUUUGAGUGUGUGGGUCGCCCCUCAGGUUGUGACAAGAGUCACGUGGACCCAGCAUGUGACACAGACAACGUGGAACAUCCCAACCUCUGUCAGCUCCUCCUGAUGAGCAAGACCUUGGCCUAUAUGGGCCACUGUCAGGACGCCUGUAAAAGGGCUCGGCCCGUGUGCGGCCACAAUGGCGAAACGUACAACACGGUGUGCGAGGCCUACUCGGACCGCGUUGCCGUGGACUACCAGGGGCGGUGCCAUGCCGUGGGGGCGGUGGCAGAGUUUGCCUCUGACUCAGGCUGUGACAUGAUCCCCUGCCCCGCCCUGUCCACCCCCGGCUGCAUCCCUGUCACACCACCUGGCGCCUGCUGUCCUCUGUGUGCGGGCAUGCUGCAGAUCCUGUGGAACAAGGAGCAAAUGAAAGUCUUCGCUAAGUUGAACAGGAAGCAACCAGUGACGGUCCAUGACAUCUUGAGGAUCCUGCGUCUCCACAUCUCCGUGCCGCAGUGUGACAUCUUCGGUUACCUGAGCAUCGACUCAGAGAUCGUCAUCCUCAUCGUCCCCGUGGACCAGCAGCCAACCCCACUGCAGAUUGAAGCCUGCAGCAUGGAGGCGGAGAAGAUCGACUCACUCAUCAACUACGGCAGCCCCACCCUGGUCUCCCACGUGCCUCUGUCUGCUUUCCUCACCUCCGACGUCUCCAUCUCCACCAUCAGGUCCACGGGAUACCCCAGCUCCUCGGCCUCCUCCCUGCCCAUCUUCCUCUGCCUCGCCUUGGGCCUCGUCCUCAUUCUAGCCCCAGGCAUAGCCGAGGCCUAGCUAGUCCCCAGUAGCCAGCCACGCCCUGGUGGCACGAGGCCUGGUGUAUUGUGGACUAUUCUAAGGGACCCUCUCCCAGGUCAUUGCAUGGCAGGAAGCAUCAUCCUGUAAAAGCCUUGACCAUCAACCCUAUAAACUCUACUGCACAAGUGUCAAUCAUAGACGAGAAGCUAUGAGAUUCAUCUUGUUCCAAUGACAGGGGAGACACAAUCACAUUCCAGCUUUGGUUCCAUAGAACUCUCUAUAUAUCGUGACAGGGAGGAUUCAUUUUUUAUUACACAGUGUUUUGUAUCCAGUAGCUCUCUCCUCCUCUAACGCUGUGGAGGGGUGUGUGUGUGUGUGUGUGUGUGUGUGUGUGUGUGUGUGUGUUUGUGUGUGUGUGUCCUCCUUAGCUUUUCCCUCGCCCACUUCUCCUCUUCCUCAC